GUCUUCCGCCUGCCGGUGCAUUAAAUUUGGAGGCGGAGGAGGCUUCGGCGUUCGUAUUUACCCGUAGUGACUAAAGUGGUUUUGCUUUCUUUAGAAUUGAGACCCCCCAACUCUGAGGCUGACUGAAAAUUUUAAAUCCGAACACACUAGGCCCUUCUGGCAUUUCCUAACACAGCCCAAAUCCUGGGCCAGUGCUGCCCAGCAGCGGCACCUGGGUGUGUGGGGGUGUGAUUGGCUGGAGCCGCGGGCCCGCCUCCGCGCGGGCAUCUCGGACUCGCCCCAGGCUGUGGAACGGUGCUCCCCUACCAGAGGUAUCCGAGCCGUGGAGACUUGUGGUUUCUCUGACUCUGUGGUCUGAGGCGGCAGCACUGAUCAUGGAGACCGGUGCCUCCCGCGAGCCCGAGACGGCCGAAGUGCUGCCCCAGCACAAGUUCGACUGCAAGUCUCUGGAGGCCUACCUACACCAGCACUUGCCCGGCUUUGGGGCCGAGCCCGAGGCCAAGCUGACCGUUGCCCAAUACAGAUCAGGACAGUCCAAUCCAACCUUUUAUCUCCAGAAGGGCUUUCAAGCAUAUGUACUCAGAAAAAAACCACCUGGCUCACUUCUUCCUAAAGCACAUAAGAUUGAUAGAGAAUUUAAAGUCCAGAAAACUUUGUUUUCAAUUGGAUUCCCCGUUCCCAAACCUUUAUUGUACUGCAGUGAUGCUUGUGUCAUUGGAACAGAAUUUUAUGUGAUGGAACAUGUACAGGGCCGAAUCUUUCGUGAUUUCACAAUUCCUGGAGUUAGCCCAGCAGAACGCUCAGCCAUAUACGUGGCCAUGAUAGAAACCUUGGCUCAGUUACAUUCCUUGAAUAUACAGUCACUGCAGCUGGAAGGAUAUGGUAGAGGUGCUGGGUACUGCAAAAGACAGGUAUCAACCUGGACAAAGCAAUAUCAAGCUGCAGCUCAUCAGGACAUCCCUGCCAUGAACCAACUAUCUGACUGGCUAAUGAAAAACUUGCCAGAUAAUGACAAUGAAGAAAAUUUGAUUCAUGGAGAUUUCAAACUAGAUAACAUAGUUUUCCACCCUAAAGAGUCUCGAGUUGUAGCUAUACUAGAUUGGGAGCUUUCAACCAUUGGUCAUCCUCUGUCAGACUUAGCUCAUCUCUCUGUGUUCUACUUUUGGCCAAGGACCAUUCCAUUGUUAAGUCAAAGUCCUCAUUUGCAAGAAAACAUAGGGGUACCAUCAAUGGAAGAACUAAUUUCAAUAUAUUGCCGCUGCAGGGGAAUUAAUUCUAAUCUUCCUAACUGGAAUUUUUUUCUUGCCCUUUCAUAUUUUAAAAUUGCUGGAAUAGCACAGGGAGUAUAUAGUAGAUAUCUUCUGGGAAAUAAUGCAUCUGAAAGUAGCUUUCAGUUUGCCAACAUUGUGCAACCUCUAGCAGAAACUGGAUUACAACUCUCAAAAAGAACUUUCAGUACUGCACUUCCACAGACUGAUACUACCAGACAAUUAUUUGUACAGACUAGGACAGGCCAAGAAAUUCUUACUAGGGUGAAGCAGUUCAUGAAACAACACAUCCUCCCAGCUGAAAAGGAGGUAAUUGAGUUCUAUGUUCAAAAUGAAAAUUCAGUAGACAAGUGGAAAAAACCUUUAGUGAUUGAUAAACUCAAGGAAAUGGCCAAAGCAGAAGGCCUCUGGAACUUGUUUUUGCCAGCUGUAAGCGGUCUCAGCCAAGUAGACUAUGCCUUGAUUGCUGAAGAAACAGGAAAAUGCUUUUUUGCUCCAGAUGUCUUUAACUGCCAAGCACCAGACACAGGGAACAUGGAGGUGCUUCACCUAUAUGGAAGUGAGAAACAGAAGCAGCAGUGGCUUGAGCCUCUUCUUCAAGGGAGCAUUGCCUCUUGCUUCUGUAUGACAGAGCCCGAUGUAGCUUCAAGUGAUGCCACAAAUAUUGAAUGUAACAUCCAGCAAGAUGGAGAUAGCUAUGUAAUUAAUGGCAAGAAAUGGUGGUGCACUGGAGCUGGGAAUCCAAAGUGCAAAAUUGCAAUUGUUAUGGGAAAAAGUAACAAUAACUCUGUAACCAGACACAAACAACACAGCAUGAUUCUUGUUCCCAUCAACACACCUGGAGUAGAAGUAAUAAGGCCCUUGUCUGUUUUUGGCUACCUGGAUAAUUUCCAUGGAGGACAUUUUGAGAUCCAUUUUAAUCAAGUGCGAGUUCCUGCCACCAAUUUAAUACUAGGUGAAGGUAGGGGAUUUGAAAUUGCCCAAGGCCGCCUUGGACCUGGCAGAAUCCACCACUGUAUGAGAACAAUAGGUUUGGCUGAACGUGCUUUGCAGAUUAUGUGUGAACGGGCAAAACAAAGGGUGGCGUUUAAGAAGAAACUGUAUUCACAUAUUGCCUAGGAGGAGCUUCAAAAUGGCAGAAGAGUAAGACAUGGAGAUCACCUUCCUCCCCACAAAUACAUCAGAAAUACAUCUACAUGUGGAACAACCCCUAGAGAAUACCUACUAAAUGCUGGCAGAAGACCUCAGACCUCCCAAAAGGCCAAAAACUCCCCACGUACCUGGGUGGGGCAAAAGAAAAAAGAAAAAACAGAGACAAAAGAAUAGGGACGAGACCUGCACCAGUGGGAGGGAGCUGUGAAGGAGGAAAGGUUUCCACACACUAGGAAGGCCCUUCAUGGGCGGAGACUGCAGGUGGCGCGGGGGGGAAAGCUUCGGAGCUGCAGAGGAGAGCGCAGCAACAGGGGUGCGGAGGGCAAAGCGGAGAGAUUACCACACGGAGGAUCAGUGCCGACCAGCGCUCACCAGCCCUAGAGGCUUGUCUGCUCACCCGCCAGGGCGGGUGGGGGCUGGGAGCUGAGGCUCGGGCUUCGGAGGUCAGGUCCUGGGGAGAGGACUGGGGUUGACUGCGUGAACACAGCCUGAAGGGGCCAGUGUGCCACAGCUAGCCAGGAGGGCGUCCAGUAAAAAGUCUCGAGCUGCCGAAGAGGCAAGAGACUUUUUCUUGCCUCUUUGUUUGGCAGUGCACGAGGAGAGGAGAUUAAGAGUGCCGACUAAAUGAGCUCCAGAAAGGUGUGCAUCAGCGCAGACGCCAGGGAUGGGCAUGAGACGCUAAGGCUGCUGCUGCAGCCACCAAGAAGCUUGUGAGCAAGCACAGGUCACUAUCCACACCUCCCCUCCCGGGAGCCUGUGCAGCCUGCCACUGCCAGGGUCCCGUGAUCCAGGGACAACAUCCCAGGAGAACACAUGGUGCAUCUCAGGCUGUUGCAGCGUCACACCAGUCUCUGCCGCCACAGGCUCACCCUGCAUUCUGUACCCCUCCCUCCCCCGGCCUGAGUGAGCCAGAGCUCCCUAAUCAGCUGUGCCUUUAACCCCAUCCUGUCUGAGCGAAGAACAGAAGCCCUCAGGUGACCUACAUGCAGAGGCGGGGCCAAAUACAAAGCUGAACCCUAGGAGCUGUGCAAAGAAGAGAAAGGGAAAUCUCUCCCAGCAGCCUCAAGAGCAGUGGAUUAAAUCUCCACAAUCAACUUGAUGUACCCUAUAUCUCUGGAAUACCUGAAUAGAUAACAAAUCAUCCCAAAAUUGAGGUGGUGGACUUUGGGAGCAAUGAUAUAUACUUUUUUUCCUUUUUCUGUUUUUAGGAGUGUGUAUAUAUAUGUUUCUGUGUGUGAUUUUGUCUGUAUAGCUUUGCUUUUACCAUUUGUCCUAGGGUUCUAUCUGUCCGGGUUGGGUUUUUUUGUUUGUUUGUUUUUUUCUGUAUAGUUUUUAGUGCUUGUUAUCAUUGGUGGAUUUGUUUUUUGG